AUGUUCUGCCAUCAAUCAAUAACCUUGUGCUCUUUGGCCCUCUUUUGGUUGGGCAGCUUGUCUCCUGCCAGUGCUUCAGCUGUCCCUCAUCACAACGCACCCUCAGCUCAUACCGUCAACGGGACUUAUACUGGCCUCAAUCUCGAAACUUUCAAUCAGGAAGCCUUUUAUGGCAUCCCCUUUGCGACGCCUCCGCUGGGAGACUUGAGACUCCGGUAUCCUUUGCCGUACAACCAGUCAUGGAAAGGCUCUCGUAAUGCUACUGUGCGGUCUGAUUCGUGCCCUGGGUUCGACAAACCCUUCGCCCAAGGCUUCGCCGACGGGUUAACCAUGGGCGAGGAUUGUCUGACUCUUGACAUUGUGAGACCCGCCAAUGUUAAACCUGGAGACAACCUCCCCGUUUUCUUCUGGAUAUAUGGUGGUGGCUUCAAAGCCGGGGGAUCUGCUGACCCGCGCUACAACACGUCCUUCAUGGUGCGCAACUCAAUGGAUAUGAAGAAGCCAAUAAUAGCUGUCGUUCCCAACUAUCGCACAUCAGCGUUUGGCUUGUUGGCCUCCAAAGAGGUCGCUGCGGCCGGGGUUGGUAAUAUUGCUCUCUUUGACCAGCGGCUGGCGAUGGAAUGGGUGUCUCAGAAUAUUCGCGCGUUCGGCGGUGACCCCAGCAAGGUCACAAUUGCUGGUGAGAGCGCAGGAGGCUCCUCAGCUGGAUACCAGUUGGUGGCGUUCAAGGGGAAGAAUAACGGCCUAUUCAGAAGUGCCAUUCUGGAGAGUUCGAGCUUGCUCGGUGCUUCGAUGAAUACUGUUGAGACGUUGAAUGUUACUUACCAAGGAUGGUAUGAUAAUAUCACCACAACAGUCGGCUGUAACACGGCCGCGGACUCCCUAGCCUGUCUCCGCACCGUUCCUUACGCGAAGCUCUUCAGUGCUGUGAAUGGCUUCCAGUUCAAACCCUAUAUAGACGGCAAAUUCAUAUCUCAGCCUCCAUCCGUCUCGAUAGCAAAGGGCGAGAUCGCCGAUGUCGCUCUCAUCAUGGGGUCUAACACAGACGAGGGCACGGCUGAAUUUUUUACGCCCCGUGGAACCCUGAACAACGACAGUGACAUUUCGUCCCUUGUCGCACACCUUGGUGGCGGUCUUAAUGAGACAGUUGUCGCCAACAUCCUACGUCUCUAUCCUGAUGACCCCAUCCAGGGCUGCCCCUUUGGCACUGGACCCGAGAGAUUCGCAGACCAAGGCUUCCAGUUCAAGCGUGGCGCUGCCAUUUCUGGUGAUGUAAAUAUCCACGCUGGUCGCCGUGCCUACGCCGUCGAUCAUAGCCAGCGCUCAAAGCACCCGAUCUAUACGUACCGCUUCGACCAGGCGCCGUGGGACAUGCAAGAAGUCGAUGUUACAACGACUGCACCAGUAUAUGUCACGCAUUACACUGAAAUUGUUCACGUUUUUGAUAAUCCGGAUAAAAAUGUCAACUGGAUUGGGCCGUAUCCAAUUAUCUCAGAGCUAGCGAGCUUCGUGUCUCGAUCUUGGGUAUCAUUCAUCCAUGAUCAGAACCCAAACAACCACGGUCUUCAAGGAAAGCCAAGCUGGUGCCAGCUGGGUGGAGAAAGACGAUUACCGAAAACCACAGCUGGCGUACUGGAGCAAACUUUGGUCAGAGCUGAUGACGUAGCCGUAUACCCUGGUAGGCACUCGUAG